UGUUGGUGUUAUAAACAGUAUCUAAAUACAAAUUAGAUUCUCUUUAUAGCUUUGAAAACUUCAUUAGGUGGUUUGCUAAAAAUACACACAUUAUCUUUUAAUAAAUUUACAGCUUGAAACUUCAUAUGAAUCGUUGUCCUUUGUUUCAAAUAUUAGAACAACUUUCCAAUCCAAGCUGGACAGAAGUGUCCUGGUCUGGGAUCCACAGACAAAUUCAAAUUUUAAGGGGGUAUUACCAAUGAUUUUUACAAUAUUUACAUGAUAUUGAUAAGCAUUUAAACUUUUGACAACGUCAAACAAACAAGCAACAAGAUGAACAACACAAAAUAGACAAAAUGAUUUUUGUUAUAAUAAUAAAGCCAUUGUUUUGGUGAGGGAUAUGCUGUUGAUUCUAUUGAUGGUAAUGUGGCCUUGUGGUCCAUCAGUCACCUUUGCUACUGGAUUGAAUGUUACACUAAGGUUUCUGCAAAAGAAAACAAGCACACACAAACCUGUCGAGGAAAACUCCUUGCAGUGAAAUAUUAUUCAUAUUUACAGUACUGACAUGUUCAGUGGCAAUGUACCCAUCACUGCAAAACAUAGACAAAAAAGGGGGAGGGGCUCAAUCCCCUUGUCGCAGGGCACCAAGGGGUGCCUGCACCUUUGAGAGCAGAAACAGCUUAGCAACCAAGCCUGGCAGGCUACACAGAGCCCCACAGCUGCAGGUUGCCUAACAGGCUAACAAGGUAAUUUGCUGGCACCUGCAGGCGGUCAGCUGACCAGAAAGAGUCAGAGCCCAGGGCACAUAUAAGCUCAGGGCUGAGGCUGGCUAGAGAUCUACUUUCUCUUUGGCAACUGCAAGGAGCUCCAGCACAACAGAGCAGUCCAAUGCAUCUGGCUACCUGCUUUGCUACCUGCAAAUGCAUGCAGAAGCUGCUGCAGGAAGAUACCUGUGUGAAACUGGUUGAUGGUCCCAGCAGGAGGCCUGGAUUCCUCCCUGGCUGCUGAGCUACACCUGGGCAAAAAUCUUUCAUCUUCCUUCCUGAGAGGUGAUUCUGAAAGGAAAAUGGCUGGAGAGAGCUUUGUCCAGGUUCCAGUAACUUUUGACGACGUUGCUGUUUAUUUCUCUAAGGAGGAGUGGGAGGAGUUAGUCGAAUGGCAGAAGGAGCUGUACAAGGAUGUGAUGAGGGACAAUUAUGAGGUUUUGUUUUCACUGGGCUGUUCUGCUGUCAAACCUGACAUCAUAUCACAGAUUGAACAAGGAGAAGAUCCAUGUGUUAGUGGACACCAGGAAGGAUGUACUUCAUAUUCAGCCCCUGCUGCCGUAGCUCCGAAUACUCUCACCUUGUCCUCACCACCUGGAGGCUCUCCUACACCUACAUCAUCUAUUCCCUCCUCCCAUGAAAUGGACUCUUCUCUAUCCGCUGUACAUUCCAUUAGCCCACAGAUUCAGGAGACACACUCUGUGCAUGGCAUAGUCUUCACUAGAAGCCUGGGGAGAUUGGGAAGCAAGUGUCCUUGUGCACUUUCAGGUCUGUCCCUUAGUAGAGCUGCCCAGGACCAAGUGGAAAGUGAAAAGAUAGCAUCAGGGAUGACUUCAUCUCAUCUGUACACAGAUUCAGAGAAGAUCCAUUCAUCUGGACAAGUCCAGAGGCCUGAAUCUUGUUCCCACACAAGUCAAGGAUCUGAGAAUAAUACUUCUGUGUCCAGAGCUAAGCAGUUGCAUCUGCCUGCCCACAACUUGGACAUAUGUAGCAUUCUCCAAGAGAUGCAGACAGCAAGAAUACACCUAGCUAGUAUAGCUGGUUCUCUGCUGGUUUUGUCAUCUGCAUUCCUCCCAGCCCCCCAGCCCCCAAGCACAGGCCCUUAGGAAUUUAUAACAGUGUGGUCUUCCCCUUUUAAGAAGAGGCAGCCAAGCCUGUUAAGGAUAUUCAUCUGUGGGGCAUUCUGAUAAUGAGGGAGUGUCCCACUGGGUCUUAAAAUGCAGAUGAGAGAGCAGAAGUGGGGGAAAAAAAGCAAUGAGGGAGCAGCUUGCAAGGAAGAGGAGCCAGGUUUCUGGUUCAGGACAAAGCCAAGUGGAAAGUGCUUACUCGUCUCAUGUCCAGAGAGGAUGGAGGAUUUGUUCUGCUGUGUUGUUAAAGACUCAGGGUUUUGGUGGUAACUGAACUGCCUGAAGGGCUAACAGCAGAGUUAACUGGCCUGCACAAGGUAGUAGAGCAAAGGACCUGCUUACAGCAUUCAGCUCACGAUAGAUGUUUUAGACAUUCUCACACUUGCAGCUGGAAGCCAGAUGGAGUACGUUAGUGUGAAAUACAAACCAUUUCACCAUAGACCAUGUCCUGACACAGACACCUCACAAAUAUUUACUGGUGCAUGUUACUGUGAUUUGUCAGCACUCCUACCUUUCUCACUUACCCUUCACUUCCAGUAGUAAAGCAGACUUCAGUGAUAACCAUUACAUUUAUCAUAGUAUACAAACUUUAGUGCACUUGUCCAUCUGAUUUUAUUGAAAUAUAGGAAUAGUAUACUGAGAGAUUCUCUGGUAAUUAACACAUCUACAAGAGUGACUGUGGACAUCCAGCAUUCACAUAAUAUUUAAAAAACUCAUUCAUUGCCCUGGGGGAUCCUAGUUUAACUGGAGUUUUGUGGUUAGCUGGAAAAUGACUUUCAGGAUAAGUUCAAGUUUUAGUAUCUCAGGACUUUUCAAGACUAGGGAAAUUAGCACUAGUAACUGCAUUGACACUGCAACCCUCUAACAUAGACACUGCACCACUGUAAAAUUGGGGAUACAUUGGCCUUCUGGUAAGUUACCAAGAUGAUGACAAUAUCUGAGUCCUGUAUGAUACAUUCCAUCAAUAGAUCUCCACAUGGUAUACAAGUGGAGUGAGUACUGUUAGCACCAUUUUACUGAUGAGGAAUCUGAGGCACACAGAGGAUGAGCUAGCUGCAAAAGUGUCACCUGGCAGCUUGGUUCCCCCACCCGAAGGAGCUGAAAAAUUGUGAGCUAAGCACAGGCUGUGGCAAACCGUAGCUGAGAUAUGAGAUGGGAUCCUCUCCUGUGUGGACUCCCUGAUGUCUGCUGAUGUUGGAAAACUGGCCUUUCGUGCACUGAGCAAUCUGGUCAAGGGUUUUGCCUGUGAGGACCAGCUGCGACAGGAGGGGUUGGAGUGCCACUGAAAGCUUCCCCUGUACCUGAUGCAGUUGCAAGGCUUCUCAUGGUUUCCCAGGCUGCUUCUCUGGAAAAAGCCUACAGACAGCAUAAUCAGGGAGGAAGGUGGGGAAGUAAAGCAGGUGAGGGCUAGGCCCUCAUGUGGAUAAGCUGGCAGGUCUGUUACUCAUGUGGGUCAUCCAAUGUGUCCUCAGUGGGCAGCUCUGAGCAAAGAUCUUCCUGCUCUCCUGAGUUUUGAAGUUUUUCCUGUCUGGGCUCUCUGAUGGGCUGUGAGGAUACAGGCUAAAUCAAAGGGAGUGCACUACCAACCUAAGUUAAAAAAAAAACAACUUGCUAUAUUUAGGCUCAACCUCAGCUGUACCAGCUAGCCUGGGUUUAAAGUACCACAAAACCUGUGUGAAAGGUUUGUGUGUGUGGAUGAGAGAGAUGCUAAAAGCAACAUCCAGGUGAGACCAUGGGAUACCUUUGCAGUAAAGAUACUGUACAUCCUUAUGGACUCAAAGCGCUGAGUUCAGCAUAUUUAACAACAUAAUUUUCCAAACUCAACACCCCUGCUUACAUGUGACCUGAAAAAUAUUUAGCAAAACAAUCCUCUCUAGUUCCUUCUCAUGGUAGGGUAAGGUGAUUAUUUCUACAUCCUGGCCAGGUCUCCAGUUUCAGUGUCUUACCCAUUUUUAGGUGGGGGCUUAACAUUGCUGAAAGCUGUAAUUUCCAGCUGCAAAAUGUAACCCUCUCUCCCGUCCCUCCCCACACCUGACAUUUGAUUAGGGUAUGUGGAAGCUAGUAAUGCUGGUAAGAGAACCAAGGACAGGAAAACAUUUUUGGGUGUGAUGAGGCUAGACAUGGCUGGAUUUAUGACCAUAAUUUUUUCAGAACAACUGCAUAAAAAGUGAAAGUGCCUCAUCCCCAGUGUUGCAGGCAAUAUGAAUGUGCAAAAGAACAUAAAAGCUCUCCCUUUAUCAUCUUAUUUCCAUGCUAUUGAAAUUUGGGGGUAGACUGAGUGCACACUGCAACCGCACACUGCCAGUGAACAUAUCUGUUGUGUGCUAGGAUGCUAGGAAAGCAGUGGCAGGGAUGCUCAAGGCUAGGGCUGGUGUGUGAGACACGGUAUCAGAUGUGAGUGCUCUGUGUGUGUUUGGUGGCCCCCCUCAGGUGUGUGUUCUGGGGUCUCUGAGUGUAUGAGGCAGGGGGACCCGAGGGGUGUGUAGGGGGGAGAGCAGGGGACCAUGAUGGAGGUGUGGGGUGAGGCAGGGGCCCG